AUGGUGUUAUCAAGGUGGGCUCUAGGCCUGCUUGGCUCUGCUGCCUCGGUUCUCGCCGCGCCUGCCACAUACGGCAAUGGCACGCAGUAUCAGUCUCACCCCGACAGACUCGCUGCUGUGCAAGAGGCAUUUGACAGGUCUUGGGAUGCCUACUAUACCUAUGCUUUCCCCAACGACGGCUUGAUUCCGCUGGAGAAGACUUACAUCAAUGACCUGGGAGGCUGGGGUGCCAGUGCUGUUGACGCGUUCUCCACGGCUUUGAUCAUGAAUGAUGAGAAAGUCAUUAAGCAGAUCUUGGAUUUCAUCCCGAAGAUCGAUUUUGACCAUGCCAACUAUACCAGCUCCAUCUCCCUCUUUGAGACCACGAUUCGUUACCUUGGCGCGCACGAUCUCUUGACUGGACCUUACAAGGCCAUGGCUGAAGAUGAGAGCGCAGUAUCUGCAGUCCUAGACCAAGCUAUUCACCUGGCUGACCUUCUGAGUGUGGCCUUCGAUACCCCAACUGGCAUUCCUAUCAACAAUCUGGACUGGGAGCCACCUCGGCCCAAGAAUGAAAGCACCAAUGGAAUAGCCACCAUCGGGACUUUGGUGCUGGAGUGGGUUCGACUCAGUGACAAGACUGGACAAGAGAAAUACGGCAAAUUAGCAGAGAAAGGCGAAGCCUACCUUCUCAACCCUCAACCGCAGAACAUCGGAGAGCCUUUCCCGGGACUGCUCGGUACUGACGUCAGCGUUGCCAAUGGUUCAUUUGUCUCCUCGCAGGGUAGCUGGGGAGGCGGCGAUGACAGCUUUUACGAGUAUCUCAUCAAGAUGUACGUGUACGAUACAGCGCGUUACGAUACUUACAAGGAUCGCUGGAUCGCAGCUGUGGAUUCUAGCAUCAAGUACCUGCCUUCCCAUCCAUCUACUAGAGAAGAUCUCACGUUUCUGGCCGCCUGGUACAACUCCACCACUCUGAAGUACCAGUCUCAGCAUCUUGCGUGUUUCAAUGGUGGUAACAUUAUUCUCGGCGGACUUGUCUUGAACAGGCCGGAUUACAUCGAAUUUGGCUUGGAACUUGUCAACGGCUGCCACGGCACUUAUAUUGGAACCGCCACCGGAAUUGGUCCGGAGGUGUUCAACUGGCAGGACAGCAAGACGGCGGCGAACGCUACCAACAACCCCGCCCCACCGGUGAACCAGUCAGCCUUCUACCAAGAGUCCGGUUUCUGGAUCCCGGCCGGAGCUGAGUAUUACGACCUGCGACCAGAAGUAAUUGAGAGUUACUACUACGCCUACCGUGCAACCGGAGAUUCCAAGUAUCAGGACUGGGCUUGGGAUGCGUUCUUGCGUAUCAACGCUACUUGCUCAGUGGGCGAUGUUGGAUUCAGCGGCAUUAAGAACGUAAACGUGCCUGGGGGCGGUGGCUUUUUGGAUCACCAAGAGUCAUUCUGGUUUGCCGAGGUGUUGAAGUACAGCUAUUUGAUCCAGGCAGAGGAGGCCCCGUGGCAGGUUUCGGCCGACCACGACAACCAAUGGGUGUUCAACACCGAGGCUCACCCAGUGAAGGUGGUGGGCACUCCUAUCUGA